ACCUUGGUAUUUGAGAAAGGUUCCUGAUCAGGUGAUGGGAGUUUUUGGGGCUGCACAUUGUAGACAAGUCUCUUCAUGGUGAUUGUGCUGCAGUGCAGAGCUAUGAACGAGGUGCUCAGAGGGUUAACCCUGGUCUGUGCUGCGCUGUGUACAUUCUAUAGAAUAUUCUAUACCUUCACCCUGUGGAUCAAUACUGUGGACAUCCGGGAAAGGUACGGCCACCCACACAGGACCAGGGUCAGGCUGAGCGCUCACACCAGGAGGAUAUAUGGCUCCACCAGCAGAGGGAGCUGUGGGACUGUGAGCAGAGGAUGGGGGUGGUAGUUGGAUUCCCUCUACGCCCACAUAUUCUGUAUAAACAAACAGGAUCCACAAUCUCAUCAGACUCUCCAGGACUCACCGGCUGCCGCACUCUCCAAGCCCGACAGACACGAUGAACCACACUUUAUUGUUCGACAAAUCUUCUGCUCUUCAGAAUUCGAUGAAGAACAACUGCGACCAUUCCCCCGAUGUUACACCAUUCCUCGGGACCUCCUACAGCCUAUUGAUAUUCUUCUGCUUGCUUGGGAACAGCUCCCUGAUAUACGUCAUCUGGCGGAGGAAGGAGAAGGGCAACGUCACGCACAUCCUGAUCGCCAACCUGGCCUUCUCGGAUAUCCUGGUUGGGAUUUUUUGCUUGCCCUUCACCGUGGUCUAUACCAUCAUGGAUUAUUGGAUGUUUGGUCGCUGCUUGUGUAAGAUCACCAAUUUUAUUGGAUGUGCAUCGGUCACUGUCUCCAUCAUGAUCUUAGUGCUUAUUGCCUUAGAGAGACACCAACUGAUCAUACACCCCACCGGUUGGAAGCCCAGUGGCCCCCAGGCGUACACGGCCGUCCUGCUGGUCUGGGGGCUGGCUUCUCUUCUAGCUUUGCCUUUGGUCUAUGCUGUAGACCUGCAGGUUUUGUACAUUUUUCCUGACAAGUCUAUGUGUGUGGAGUAUUGGACCUCAGGCCAGCAGAGGUUGGCUUACACGGUGACUCUGCUCCUUCUACAAUACGUCAUACCCCUCUGUUUUAUCAUCUGCUGCUACGUUCGCAUAUCUGUUCAUCUACAGCGCAGGGAGGGUCUAUUCGGUAGAAGCUACAAUCAUAUGAGAAGAGUGAACCUCAUGUUGGCCUCCAUGCUCGGAGCAUUUGCCGUAUGUUAUCUGCCACUUCACAUUUUUAACAAUAUAGUGGAAUGGAACCACCAGCUGAUCCCUGUUUGCUACCAUAAUCUUAUCUUCGCACUGUGUCACCUGGUCGCCAUGAUCUCCACCUGCAUCAAUCCAAUCAUAUACGGCCUCCUCAACAGCAACGUCAAACAAGAAGUAAAGAUCCUGGUCCAAAGGUGCAAAGGGCAGAGGAAGAAGGGGGCAGAUACAUUGGAUGAGGCUGAGAAACAUCCAUUAUCCACCAAACACCCCAAUGCUAACGCCAUGUUGCCAGGGUCUCCAUGUACAGAAGUGGAACAACUUUGAGGGAAGAAAGAAAAAUAAUAUGGGUCACCACUUCUCUUAAAGACUUUCCAACACGACAAAAUGAACAGUAGACUUUUGCUUUAUGGUGAUAAAAAAAUCUAGCUUGAGAUCAACGUUGUCCCCAUAGGGGAAGACCAUGGUGACCUCGGAGAAGGGGCCCAGUCUUGGUUGGUUUCCUCCCCUCGUGGCUGAAUGGUGAAAACCCAUGGAGGACAGAUCUCCUCAGUGAAACUUACUUGGCACCAAAAAAGGGGUGGAGUAGAAUGGGCACAAAGGAAGAACAAAACACCGGCCCUUGUUGAUUUUUACCUAUGGGGCCUGAAUUCUGUGUAGACCACUGUGGAAAGUACAAAAACUGACAUAUCACAGCCUGAGAUACAGAACUUUAGUCACUGAAGCCCCUAAGUGACCGAGGCUUGGACAAUGGUGAACUGAUGGUGGGACGUAGUGUGAACACGGCUACAGUGGUAUCUUGUUGGUCACAUCUCCAGGACACUGAGGUCUUUGGGGGAUUGUGAUCAUUUUGAGUUGAGCGGAAAUAUCUGGAAGCCAUUACACCGUCCCAGAGAUGAAUAUGAUACACAACGUUUCCUUUCUCCGCGGAUGAAGACAAAUAUGUGAAGAUUUUCCAUCAUUUCUGUGGGAAAAUAAACAAGUCAGCGGCCGCGACCUGAGUCAAUUGUAUGUGAACUCUGCAGCACUGAGGAUCCAUGAGAUCAGAGGCGACACGUUGUUCAUGUUCCCUAUAAAAUACAGAUUAAUGGAGGAGUGCGGCAGGGUGUGAUUGUCAUGUUUAUGGGACUGUAUAUUGUGUGUUGUAUCAUUUGUUAUGUGACCCGUGUGACUUCUCUGCCUCUUCACAAAGUAACGUAACCAGAAAGAUCUGUAGACUAAGGCCCUCAGGCAGGAGUAAGGUGCCCAGUGUGCCGCCAUAUGGUGUUUAGUAUAGUGCUGUAUAGGGGAGAUAUUUACUCAUAGGGGAGAAAAGCUCCAUUAUAUGGCGGUACAGUACAGCACCUAGGAAGUCUACUGGCCCAUAUUAUGUCUUCAUAUAAACUCUAUACAAUUCUGUGCACCAGUGGUGUAUUAAGGUUUCCUGCUACCCUAGACUGGGGGGGGGGGGGCUUCUA